UCAUAUAUACAUAUAACGAAAUAUGUAUUCCAGUAUUUCUAUAUCAUUUAAUACAUUCGCAGUGUUGUCAACCACCACCUCUAACUAGUUCCAAAAUAUGUUCACCCCCAAAAGAAAGACCUGUACCCCUUAAGAAGUCUAUUUUUUAUUUUUAAAGCAUAAUUGUAUUGAUUAAAGAAUUUUUUCCAACGUACUCAUCACCACCUUCAAUACAUUAGUGCGUAGGCCCUGGCAACGGCGACAUUGUCCUGAUAACCGCGCUACAACCGUCCAGUGAGGACCCACCUGCCACCCUCAGACGCCACUGGAGUUCCCUAGUUGCCCCAACAGCGACAGUGCAGGACCCCACGCAGUACUGAGCUGCCAGCUCUCUAGUCCCCUUCUCUGGGGGACAGUUUUUCAGUCUGCCCUUGACUUCCACCACUGGCCAGUUCCUGCGCCGACUGUCGCUCACUUUGGGUCUCCAGAAUGCUCAGGAGUAUGCACCCACACUGGGGACCGGCCCGAGGACAUGGAGAGAAGGCUAUCAUUCUUGGGAUGCCCAGGCUCUCUGCGGGGCUCCCCUAUGUCAGGCGCGAGCUCCAGUUUUUGUGUCUUCUCCAACAAGAUGCUGCCUGGAGGCGUCCUGGGGCGGCGCUGAGCCCCGGGCCAGGGAGAACCCAGCUCGGGGUUUCCACUCUGGCGCCAGUUCUUCCUAGCCUGGCGCCCUUGGCACAGGCAACCACUCUUUAAGGCGCUGCUGCGGCUCAAUCGUUCUCUGUGAUUCACAGGUCUCUCAUCUGCCUGCAGCCCCGGGCUUCCUCCCGCUCCCAGUCCGACGCAGGCCCAGAGGAAGGUGGGGCCUGGUGGGAAAGUGGGCUGGCGCGUUGGCUGUUCCCUUGCAAGGCGCCCACUCUACUUGUCAGAGCCGGGGCGGAGACAGGGGCCGAGCCAGUCUGCCAGGAAGGGUGGGGCCGCCGGCCUGGCCAGGACGUGGUGGGUCGGGAAGACAGUCUCUUCCUCUUCUGACAGUCUCUUCUCCAGCCUCUGCAAGGUAGGCGCGGCGAUUCCGUGGGGUGUCCUGAUGUGCUUACAGCUGAGGCAGGCAUGCAGACAAGCUGAACUGAACCCAACUGAGACCACACCCUGGGGUGACCUGGAUUCCUCUGGAGGGUCCCAGCAGCCCGCACACAGCCAUGCACUGCCCAGCCGCUCUCCUGCUCCUCCUCCUGGCUGGUGGGGCUGAGGCCUUCCGCAUUUGUGCCUUCAACGCCCAGCGGCUGACGCUUGCCAAGGUGGCCAGGGAGCAUGUGCUGGACACCUUAGUUCGGAUCCUGGCUCGCUGUGACAUCACGGUGCUGCAGGAGGUGAUAGACUCUACUGACAGUGCCAUCUCCCUCCUGGUUCGAGAACUUAACCGAUUUGAUGGCUCUGGGCCCUACCGCUUCCUGAGCAGCCCUCUGCUGGGGCGUAGCACGUAUAUGGAGAAGUACGUUUACAUCUACCGGUCACACAAGACGCAGGUCCUGGAUUCCUACGUGUUCCAAGACAAGGAUGACCUCUUUGCCCGGGAGCCCUUUGUGGCUCAGUUCACUUUGCCCAGCAAGGUCCUUCCCAGACUGGUGUUGGUCCCCCUGCACACUACUCCGAAGGCUGUAGAGAAGGAGCUGAACGCCCUGUAUGAUGUGUUUCUGAAUGUUUCCCAGCACUGGCAGAGCAAGGACGUGAUCCUGCUUGGGGACUUCAACGCUGACUGUACUUCGCUGACCAAAAAGCGCCUGGGUGAGCUGCUGCUGAGGACUCAGGCAGGCUUCCACUGGGUGAUUGCCGAUGGGGAGGACACGACAGUGAGAGCCAACACCCACUGUGCCUAUGACAGAAUAGUGCUGCAUGGGGAGCGCUGUCAGAGCCUGCUGCACACUGCAGCCACCUUCAACUUCCCUAGGAGCUACCAGCUCACUGAGGAGGAGGCCCUCAACAUCAGUGACCACUACCCUGUGGAAUUGGAGCUGAACCGGGCAGCGCACAAGAUCCAACCCCUCAGCCUGGCCGCUCUGUUGCUGCCGUCGAUGCUGCUGCCAUUCCUGCCUCCCGAGCUGGGCCUGGUGGCCUGAACACCCCCACACACACCCCCACACCCCCACCCCGUGCCUGGUGCCCACAGGUGUGAUGACUACACUGCCUUCAGGACUCAAACCCUGGCCUUCCCUGCCCAUACUGCCCUGGGGCCAGAAGCAAAGCCCGAGGGGCUUCAACCCCACCCCUCCUCCACCCCCAGCCCCACCCUACUAGAGUGCAGCCCUACCCUGCCCAUCCCAGCCCUGCCCCUAUUGGACUGCAGCCCUCUGCCUUUGCUUUGGCUUGUGUUCUUUAGUUGGGCUUGGGCCUGUGCCUGGCAUUAGAAUGUGGAAGAGGAAGGCAGGGGCCCUAAGGCUGGAGCUAUAGCACUCUUCCCCUAGCUAGUGAGGAAUGGGGACAGGGCAGCCUCCAGGG